CUGUGGACACGCAGCCAACUGUCUGUUCCUUGUGGAGCCAGGAAAAUUGGGCCAUACUGACCAGUGAGUCAAGCUCAGGCUCAAAGUACAGAUGCCUCAGGUCUUCCAGGAAACCACAAGCUUACAAAUGUAUAGAUUUAACAAGUUAAUCUGUGUAAGCGAGUAAUAACUGCUGAAAAUGGCGAUCUAUGUCGGUGUAUAAUCUUACAUAAUAUAUUUAAAUAGUUUUUGUCUUGGGCUCUUCACAUAGUUCUCUGAAUCUCUUGGAAUUUCCUAGGAGUUAGGGCUUGCUAUCCACAAGUAGCCCUCUUUUCACACAGGAGUUUUUAUGAUGAGAUGACUUAGGGUGGGUCUCCUAGGUAGCCUCAGCAUGGUACCUGUCACCAGAAAAACCAAGCAAUUAGUUUAGACCCCCACCCCCACCCUGGGGCCUCCCAAGGAUCAGAAGGAAACUAGAUUAGGUAUAAAAACUGCUGAAAAAUGAGAUGAAGUUUCCUUCAGAUUGGUGAACACAUUGAAGUGGUGGAAGUCCUAGGCUGGUGUCAUGUACUGAAAGGACCUGGAAACCCCUCGCUUCCCUUCACCCCCACCUUCCCCACCUAGCCAUCUCUUCCAUUGGGCUGUUUCUAAGUUGUAUCCAUUACAAGGAACCAGAAGAAAGAAAAGUGUUUUCUUUACUUUCGUAGGUCAUUUUAUCAAAUUAUCAAAACUGAGGGGCUCACGGGAAUCCCUGAAUUGGUAGGCAAGUGGGACAGAAAUAUUGGUAGCCUGGGAACCAGAGGUCAGAAUUGGCCUCUCUAGAAAGGGAUAGUCUGGUGAGACUGAGCCCUUAAACCUUUAAAUUUUGUCCCUAACCUCCGGAUGCCAGAAUACGAUUAAUGUAGGGCACCCAGUUUGUAUCAUAGAAUCUGAUCGUUGGAGGUAGAAAAGAUAUCAUAUAUUUGGUGUCAGAUCGGAAAUCAUAGAAGGAAUCACAGAAACUUCAAGGUGUUGACUAAAUGUCACAUUUAUAUAAUGACUUAAAAGACAUGUAAGAAGUAUCAUAUUUUCAAAAACAUUUAUGAACAUGUUAAUCCUCUGUUCUGUAAUAGCUCAGUGAUAGCACCAGACAUACACUAAUCAUGCAUUUGAUGCCUACAGUAGCAUCAUGAGAUAGGCACCAUAAAUGUUGCCAUUUUACACAUGAAGACACUGAAACUGAAGGAAGUUGAAUCUGUUGAAGGUUAUCUGAGUGGUCAGGUUAUAGCUCUGAGGUCAGAGGUCAACCUGAGGUGACUCAUCUUCAGGGAAGGGAAGGGAGGACACAGCUCCACCUUUCCAUCCUCCCUCUUUUCACAGGCGCCCAUGGUAGCAGCCACGUUUAUGGUCCCUGGACAGUGCCUCCCCAGACGUCAUCCCACCCCAUGACACACACAUACGGGAGACACAGUUGUCCUAGGGUUCUUGGGCCUCAGUUCUGGCCCUGGGGUCACCUCAGGUGCAGGACCCUCUUUAGAGAAGCCAGUUCUGGUCUCUGGUUUCCAGGCUACCAGUACUUCUGUCCCACUUGCCUACAAACUCAGGGAUUCCCAUGAACCCCCUCCUCAGUUUUGAUAGUUGUACUGAGGUGGUCUCAUGUGUCCAGUGGAGAAGAUGAGGUGGUGAGAUGUUCCUGGGACUGGAGCCAGCCUGUCCGUGUGCCUGGAGGGCCAUGUGACCUUUGAGGACGUGGCGGUGUCCUUCUCCCAGGAGGAGUGGGGGCUCCUCGGCGAGGCUCAGAGACUGCUGUACUAUGACGUCAUGCUGGAGAACCUGUCCCUGAUAGCCUCCCUGGGUUGUUGGCAGGGAGGAGAAGCUGAGAAGGCCAUUUCUAAACAGUGUGUUUCUGUAAAGCAAGUGACACGAAACAGGAAUCCACAGCCCGACCCUUCUAUCUUGAAGACUCUCGCUUCCACUAUGCGUGCCCUGGUAGAGAAGGAUGUUCUGUACCUGGCUGACACUGUGUUCAGGUGUAGAGACAUUGAGAAGACUUUCCUUGGCAGCCUGGCCUUUCUUCAGCACUAUUCUUCCCACGAUGGACAGCAUCUGUACAGAAGCAGGCAGAGGAGAGAGGUCUCUCACUCUGGGCAAGGACAUUACAAGUGCAGUGUAUGUGGCAAAGCCUUCAGUAAGAAGUACAAAUUCAUGGAGCACUGGAGAGUUCACACUGGAGAAAAACCUUAUUUGUGCAGUGACUGCGGGAAGUUCUUUAGACAGAGCUCCAGUCUUAUUCACCAUCGGAAAGUUCACACAGGAGAAAGGCCUUAUGAGUGCUGUAACUGUGGGAAAGUCUUUGUCCACAAAUACAAACUUUUUGAACACCAGAGAACCCACACUGGAAAAAGACCCUAUGAGUGUACUGAAUGUGGGAAAGCCUUCGCCCGCAAGGAUUCACUUGUCCAGCAUCAAAAAAUCCACACUGGAGAGAAUCCUCAUAAGUGCAGUGAGUGUGGGAAGUGCUUCCUGUACAGAAAUAACCUUCUUGCUCACCAGAGGAUCCAUAGUGGAGAAAAGCCUUAUGGGUGUAGCAAAUGUGGUAAGUCUUUCAUCUUCAAAAUAAGGCUGCUUUAUCACCAGCGAGUCCACACUGGAGAAAAACCUUUUAUGUGCAGUGAAUGUGGGAAAGCUUAUGUCUACAAAGGAAGUCUUGUUGUGCAUAAGAGAAUUCAUACUUUGGAGAAGGCUUAUGGGUGUAACAAAUGUGGAAAAUUGUUUACAACCAGUUUCGCUCUCAACAGACAUGAGAAUAUUCACACUGCACAAAGGCAUUACCAGUGCACUGAAUGUGGGAAAGCUCUCAAUGGCAAAGUUAAACUCGAUGAGCACCAGAGAACCCACACUGGAGAAAGACCCUAUACGUGUAACAAAUGUGAGAAAGCCUUCAUGCGCAAGGCUACACUUGUUCAACACCAGAAAGCCCACACUGGAGUAACGCCUUUUAAAUGCAGUGAAUGUGGGAAGCCCUUCACUUACAAAACAAGUCUUGUUGUCCACCAGAGAAUCCACACCAGAUGAAAGCCUCAUGAGCAUAGUUCUUUGUAGGCAGCUCCAAGUUCAUAAAAAAACAGGAAAGUUCACACUUGGGAAGUGCCCUUCUGAACUUAGGCUUGCCUUCAUUCAAGUUAACAUCUGGUAGCACAACUCCUGUGUUGUCGAGUAGGUGGAUGUACAACUUUCAUGGGGUCACUCAACCUUUUCUAAAGUGGUUAAAUCUUUUUACAGUCUCACCAGAAGCACUAAAAUCCAAGUUUCUGUUCUUGCCAUUCUUGCCAACACUUGGUGUGUUUGGGCUUCCUCAUUUCUGUGAUGUCAUAGCUGUAUCCAGUGAUUUGAAGUAGCAUUUUCCUAUUGACAUGAUGCUGAGUCAUUUUCAGUGUGUUAAUUUCCACCCAUAUAUCAUUAUUGAAAUUGCUGUUCAUAUGAUUUGCCCUCUUAAUUACUGACUUGAUGUUUCUUCAUGGAUUAUUGAUUAAGGUACUUUACUGGAAAUAUUUACCAGUAUUCCUCCAGACUUGGUCAUCUCAGUUCAGUCACAUUUCCAGAGAAAGAGUUUUGUUUUUUUUGGCCAUGCUGCUGGGCAUGAGGGAUCUUAGU